GUCGUCGUUGUAUUGCUCGUGUAGUCUGGGCAUGGUGAUAGUAAAGUAAAGAGCGACAUCACCGGAAAGCCCCUUGCGGCCCAACUAGGUCUUGCUCGUCCAUGCGGGAAAUCCAUAUUUAUCCGAAGAUAAAUCGCUCAAGGGGCACCGGUGUCGUUGGUCUCGAUCCAUUAAGGCGCGUCCCCCCUUCCAGGGGCAAAAAAGAAUCUUCUUCAUGCACCCUCCAAGAUAGAGAGGAUCUUCUUCAACAAGUUGGUCGCGGCAAAUAUGGUAAAAACUGCCGGCGUUCCGGGCCCAGGAGAUGGAAAAAGCAAACAUGAAAAUAGCGCGAAUGUCAUCGAAUCAUAAUU